AACACUCAAAAUCAUUUUCUCCGUAAUUUUUCGCAAUUUUCGGACGUUUCUCCGUCACUUUCGCUUUCAAAACCCAUCCAAAAAGCUCUUUAAGCCUCCUGUGGAUCGCAUCUCGAUGGAAUUUGCCGCCGGAUCGACGCGACAACCGUGAAAAUCGUCAUUUGUCUGCCAGACAACGUGAAAAAUUUUAUUUACUACCGUCGAGCAGUGUCUGCCAGAGGCAAAGUGCGUACGAGUUAUUGCCAUAAAUGUAUCUGCUUUUACAUUGAUAAGGUGCGAAAGAAGAAUCGGGAGUGCGACGAAAAAAAAAAUAAAUAAAAAAAAAAAAUUAUUUAAAAAAAAUCUGAGAAAACAGGAAAUGAUCCUAAGAAAAAUUUAUAAAUAAAAGAAAAAAAAAAUAGAAAAAAAGUGGGAGAUAACGUAAAUCAGCUUUUUUUACAUGCUCCGAUAAGAUGAAUGAGUCAAGUGUAUAGAAAAAGAUUGAAAAUCAAAUCGCAAAGAAAAAAAAAGUAAUAAGAAAUAAAUCAACGACAGUGACGUUUUUAUUCAUUUUUUGUACUGCGACCGAAUCGAGUACAGUUCAAAGUUCACCGAAAACUCCACAACACACAAAAAAUGGGUCAAAAUCGGGGCAAUUGGCGUUCGUAUCAACGCGGAGGAGGCGGAGGUCAACGCGGCGGAAACGGUAUUUCGGGUCGUUACAACAACAACAAUCGCUCCUCCGGUCAUUCGUCGUCGUCGUCGUCGUCGUCGUGGACCUCGAAUAAUUCCCGGCGUCGCACAAAUCGUUGGGGUCCCCGUGAAUUUCACACGUCAUUUGAUGAACCGCCGCCGCCACUUCCGCCCGCAAUUGCCGCAAUGACUUCAUCGUCCCCAGCGUCAUCGAGUCCUGCGAUUCCCGCUUCAAACAACGACAGAAAUAUGGUAACAAAUACGAGCCCAUGGCAAACUGUACAAACAGGAGGUGGUGGUAACAACGCCACGUGGUUUAAUCGUAACAACCAACAGAUUUCACCAACAUUUAUUCAGUCACCAAAUAAUAUACUUAGUACAACACCCGCAACUACCUUCAUAACGACAAAACCGUUGAACAAUCACCCAACGACGACAAUUUUACGGCCAAUUCAGGCAAAACGUUCGCAACCCGUAACCUUGCUGACCGUUGUACCGCAGCAAAAAUCUCUUGCGCUGCAAAAUAAGCCGCCAUUAGCGCCAAAACCGCCUCCCAUAGCGCCCUCGACGCCAAAUUCGCAUCGAUUGUCGCCCGAAAACGGCGGCAAACAGCCCGAAAGUGCCGCAAAAGAGAACAUCAGCGGGAAAAGUAGUGAUAUUUCGUCUCGAGUUGAAUUAUUUGGCGGUGUUGGAGGCACCGCAGCACCCAGUCUUAGUAGUAGUAGCAAUAGUUUUAGUCAAAAAAGCGAGGAAAGCGGCGUUUUUAAAGUGCCCGAGGCAAAAAUAACACGCCCCAAAGUAAAUGCCAGUAAAAAUAUCUCGUCAAUCGCGCUCGAAAAGAAGGCCGAAGAAGUGACGAACAAGGCAUUGAAGAAUAUCAGCAAAAUGGACAUUGACCGUUUGAAGCAGAUCAUCAACAAACCGAAUAUCGAGUACGAGCGCGUCUUGCAAAAUGUCGCCACGAAGCGAAUUCGCUCCCGGAUGCAGGAAAAACUCCGAAAUUUCAAAUUAACAGAGUCAAAUGAGCCUGUAGUCGAGCCCGACGAAUGUAUUGACGCCGAAAAAAUCCCCGAUGCGUUCCUUUCGGAGAUUGAUCGCGUUCUAGACUUGAAUAUGUUCGACAAUACAAGCGAAUCUGACAGCGACGUCAUUUGUGUGAACGACAAAGAGGACAGUGACGUGCUAGAUCAAAACCUGGGCCUCUCAAAUGACCCCCCGGAUCGCAUCAUAAACCCCGAAGACAUUUUCCUGCGUGCCGAAAUCCUCCUUAUGGGCGAUACGUCGAUGCUGGAGCCCCGUUCCAACGAUUGUUCGGUGGCUAGUACCCGAAAUACGACCCCAAUUGACGAAAUGAUGACCCACAUCGACGAAAGUUUGUACAAAUCCGAACCGGAAAUCGUCUCAAUUGACGACGAUGACACGCAAGAUGUCAAAAAUGUGAAUUUAAGCGGAGAUAAACCUGAAAUAAAUUUCGUGAAUUGCAAUGAAAUGCCAACUUUGGAUAUCCCGCUGCCCGAAUCGAAUCCGUUGCAGGAGACAAAUGCGACGGAGAGACCUUUGAAACGCGCCCCCGGCGAUAAUCCGAUCAAAUUUAAGCUGCAACCGAAGAAAUUCGAUAAAAUUUCGCUGAAUUUGAGUCCGGCAGCGGUUAGUUCAAGUACGGAAGUGAGAAAAUUGUCGCCCUUACCUGAUGUGCCACAACCAAAGAAGUCUCGGAGUCGAUCCAAGGGACGUUCGCGUGAAUCUUCCUCACGAACACCUUCGAGAUCGCCCCGUCGCUCGAAUUCGCCUUAUUCCCGUGAUCGCUCCUCCUAUUCAAAAGACAGGCGGAAAUCCAAACAUCGCGAUCAUCGUGAAGAUCGUCGUGAUAAGUACUACGAUAGUCGCGAUGAGAGGCGGGAACGGAAGAAAAAACGUCGCGAGCGUCGGGAACAACGGGAGGAACUUUAUUACAACCGAAAUGAGCAUCAUCGGUAUCGAAGCCCCUCCCCCGAAUCUCGAUCUCGACGCACCUCGUCGCCAGAUGACGCCCAGGAACGCCCACGUCUCGAUCUCAAGUCGAAACUCAUGAAUUUGGAUGCAAUCAAGGCGGGAGCGAUUUUUAACGCCGCCAGCAGCAAUAACAACAACAACAACAGCGUCAAACAACCAAAUGAGCCUUCAAAAACGGAAUCUCUCAAAAAUUAUCGACACAUUCGCGAUAAAAGUCGCAGUGAAUCGAAUUCGCCCCCAAUUCAUCGUGAAGUUCUCGCAGCAGCGCCAAUUCCUUCUUCUUCUUCAUCGACGACGACGACGAAUUUCUUGUCGAAUUCAGUGACGUCGUUGGAAGAUUCCGCGACGAAAAAGAAGAGGCGGAGAAAACGUAGAAGUCGCACGAAAUCGCCGUCAGAGGAAAGGGGAACGCCCCCAUUGACAAUUGCUGUGACCACGCCCCCAGUUGGCUCGGAACUCGUAGAUUCGUCGAGUGAGAAGCAAAUUUUGCAGAUAAGUCCGAAGCUGAAGGUUGAAAUUAAAGUUUUGUCGACAAAGACGCCGGAGCCGGAGAUUCGGGCGAAUACAAAAGCGAAUGAAGUUGAUUUUAAUCAAGAUAUUGAGAGUGAAUUGGUAGCAACUGCCGUGAUCAAUAAGAAGACUUUUGAAGAAAUUCCGAAAGUUCAAACGACGACGACGACAGAAGUUGUUGAAAAUGUGCAAUCGGAGCCUCCAGUGACGGAAGUCAUUGAGGAAACGCCCCCAACUGUGCCUGAGCCCGUCGCUGCUCCCGAAGAAAGCGUCAUCAUGAUCGCUCCGCAGCCCGUGCAACACGAAACGCUCCAACCGGAACAACAAAUCGUCACCGUUUGUCAAAAUCAACCGAUUUACAGCAUGAUAACCGUAACCGAAGCCACUAAACUACAAGCAAUGCAAAAUGUCAUCGCCGCGCAGCAAUCUCAGCUCGAUACCCUCGCUGACGGGCUUUUAGACGAAAUUGUCGAGAUGGAACAGCAAGAACCCUCGAAGGAGGCAGCUCAAACGUACGAAGCAAUUGCUCAAAAUUUAAUCGAAGAAGUCGUCAAACACUCGCCUCCCAACCAAUCGCACGCCUACGAAGCCCUGAACAACGAAAUUAUCGCCCAGCAGGCGCAUCAGGCACAACAACAAACGCAUUUUUCGCCGCCGCAGAACAUUUCGUCAACCGUUUACCAAUCUCCCGUUGCCCAAAUGAGUUAUCACUCGUCGCCAUCUACCUCGUUAAUUCACAUGUCGUCGCCCGCCAGUCAAUUCCAUCAAUCGCCCGCCCAUAGUAUCCACAGUAUGCACAGCAUUUACUCGCCGGCGUCGUGUCACGCGUACCCGAAUCAGUCCCCGAUGCAAAAUAUCGCAAUUUCGCCGCGUCAAACGCUCCAAAUUGUCCCGGAAAAUCCGCUCUCGAACGUCAGCAUGCAUUCCAAUCACGACCAUAUUCAUUCGCAACAUCCCUAUGUGAUGCAACAUCAUGACACGUCGCUUCAUUUGUCCCCCGAACAAGUUCAGCAAGUUGCCUCGUUGCACAAUACGCCUCUUCAUGACACCGCAUCGAAGCAGGAAAACACUCUGAUGGACGAAAUUGUGCGAAAUUUGAUGUUAAACAACGAUGUGGUCGAUGUCCCAUCGAAUUCCGUGAUGAAUUCGUACUCCUCAUGCGUGCAAGAUCGUCCCGCUGAAUUGAAUUCGAACAGUUAUGAUGGCACCGAGUCAAAUUUGAAUGCGGAAAGUCCUCGUAAUUACACGUCGCCCAUCCGAAACGACGUUUUCUUGCAUCAAACGAGCAUGUCGCAAGAGGAAACGACGCUCCAACCUCUGACGCAGCAACAACAACACGCCAUGACGCCAGUUUCGGUACAAGAUCAGCCGAAUACAACCCACGAACCCAUGGAUAUCGAAAGAUUUUCCCCGGGGGAGAGGCUUUCCGAACAUUUUUCGGAAAUUCCCCAGUCCACAGAGCAAAACUUCCCGUAUCAAACGGAAAUGAACGAAUGUCCCCAUUCCCGAUCGUGGCGUUCGCCGGGCGAAAAGAAAUGCAUGACAACCGAAAAUCGCUCAGAAGCUGAAAUACUCGCCGAAAAAUUCGUGGAUGAGACAAAUGUAGGUCAUGUGCCUCUCACGAGCUUCGGUAGUGCGCCCCAACCUUCGCCACGUGACAACGAACAAUGGGUCGACGGGCGAAUUAACCUCCAAGUACUUCAACGCAUGAAAGAAAUCGAUAUCCAGAUGAUGGGACUUCAAAAGGAAAAAAUGUCAAUCGAUAGUAUGAUUCUCAAACUUCAAACUGACAAAAUGGCGAUCGAUCAGACAACUUUGAGGUUACAAAAUGAACGCUUCAUUUUGUUAAACACAAUUAUGAACUCUUAUCCGCAAGCGAUGCUCCCAACGCCGACAGCGACCCCUCAACAAGGCAUGGAAACAAAUUUCCAUACGAAUAACAUCGUGAAUCGCUUGGGAGGACUCUCACCAACUUCGGAAAAGAUCUUGUCAGAAUCUGUUCAAGCAACGACGACAACAGCGCCAAAAGUCGCAGCGGAAGAAACUGAAACUAAGUCUGAGAAGAAAAGUUCGAAACAUCGACAUGAUUCGACGUCAGAUCGCAAAGAUAAGAGUCACAAAAGUCGCAAAAGAUCAAAGUCGAGGGAUAGAUCUUCGAGUCAUCAUAAGAAAGAAUCAAAAGACAAAGACAGGAAAAAGCGAUCUGAACAUGAAUCAAGAUCUCAUGAGAAGAAACGAGAUCGUUCUGCGGAAGAAAAACGAUCAAAUUCGGAAAAACGUGAAAAGGAAUCUUCUAAAGAACAGCCCAAAGAGAAAAAGGAAGUCACGAAACCUCAAAUAGUUGAAGAUCCAAUCGCCUUACCUGAUGCUCCCAUCAAGAAAACUGUGAUAGCGACGAAAAUUCAAACGCCUCUUCCGAAACCGCCGAUAGAGGCGCCCAAAAUCACAAUUGCCAUGAAUACCCCAUCGAAUGUCCAAAUCAAAACUACCAUCGCCAAAUUACCCGCUUCGAUAAAGACAAAGGUUAAACAUUCCUUCGAAGAAGCUUUGAGUGCUUCAUCGAUGGCUCCCGCUCCGCUAAGCAAAAAACUUAAAGAAUUCAAGAAGGAAAUGUCCGCGCGGAAAAACGAAAUCUCAUCUUCUGAGUCGAAAGUUGAUCCCAUCACGCUUAAACUAUCCGACGUUCAUACGGUAACUUUGACAGAAACAGCGCCCCCUUCCGGCGAAAGAGGUCCCAAAUCCAAAAGACGCCCUCGUAGCUUGGAUAAUGGCGGCCCGAAACGCCGUCGGAAGGAAACUAAACCACGAAUGACUAAAAAGCGUCGUGAACGUUUGAUGCGUGAAGCACAAGUCGCCCAGCAGCAACAACAGGAAGAAGAAGAGCAAGAAGUUAUCAUUAAACGUCCUCGACGCUCCGGCGGAAAGAUAAUGCAAAUGAUGAUGCCCGCGAAUUCCGAUACCGAAGAAGAAGAACAAUUUGCGCAGAGCCCUCUGGUGAUCAAUGAACCAAUCUUGUCGGAAGAGAUCGACGAAACGAUCUACUUGCCUGAUGACUUUGUUCUUGCUGCCAAUGAGGAGUAUGAGGAAGAGGUUUACGAUAACAGUGUUUCGCAUCAAAUGUCUCUUCUGAACAAGGAAUGCAAAAUUGUCUUGCGUAAAAUCGAUAUGGAACGAUAUCUGAAAAAGAAGCCAGUAGAUGCGAAAUUAGAAAGUGGUUUGGAAUUAUCGCUGCCAAGUAGUCCGGAAAAGGAUAAUUUGCCAAAAACGAAUGAAAUGGAGCAAGUUAUGAGUGAUGCCUUAAGUGAAGAAGACGACGAAGAAGAAGAAGAUAUCGACGAAACGUCGUCGAAUCAUUCGAUGGAAGAGGAAGACUUCGAAGGAAUUCCCGAACCACCCGUUUGGGAUGGAAAGUUUCAAGGACAUGAUACGCCAAUUGUGCAUUUAAAGGUCGUUGGACGAUACUUAAUCGCCGCAUCGGAAGACGGUGCCAUUUACCGAUAUUUGUGGCGUACAGGAAAAUUGGAAAAAGUUUUCCGUGAACACACAAAAGUCGCGACCCAUUUUACCGUCGAUGAAAACCAAUUUGUCUAUUCCGUGUCGCUUGAUGGUUACAUGAAGAAAUUCGCACUUGAGAACUUUACGACGUCCGUGGAAUCCGUUCAUCUAAGUGAUCUGCUGCAAACAAUUGAGCUGUGCUGGAACAAUGCCUACAUUGGCACGCGAAAUGGCAGAAUUUUGGUGUACGAUACACAGAUGAACAAGUUAUUAAUUCCACCGUUGUGUGAGAUAAAUAAACCCGUGAACAUUAUAAAGGCGAGCAAGGAGGGCCCACGUAAAAUUCUCAUGGUCGGAUUAAAGGGAAAUCAAAUCCAAAUACGGGAUGCUGACAAUGGAUUAUUGCUGCGAAACUUGUGUUUGACGGAAAAAUACACAAUUUAUAGUUUGGCACUCGAUGGAGGCGUCAUUCAUUGCGGCACGAAUUCCAAUGAAAUUGUAACACUCGACUUUUAUAAUGGUCAAGAAGUUUCACGGAAAAAAUGCGGCUCUGGAGCGAUCAGUAUGAAAAUCUAUCGGAAUCUCCUGUUUACGGGAUGUUAUGAUGGAUUUAUCUAUGUGCAUAAGAAGGACUCGAAUAAGGUCGUUGGCAAGCUGCAUGGACCUGGCAAGAUGUUACUUGACUUUGAAUUGGUCGAUAAUAAGAUAAUUGCCGCUGUAAAAGACAAAAAUCUCCGCAUCUGGGACAUUGCCCAAGACAUCAUCUCCCAAACUGACGGGAUGCAAAAUUCAUCGUUAUCGUCAUGAUCUUUACUGCAAUUGACGUCAAAUCCAUUCCUAAACCACUAAUUUGCGACGACGACGACAACUGGAUGGACGACGUUAAUACCAAAUACAAAUAGACGUCACAAUAGUUAAGUGGCUGUGAUACAAAUGAUAAAAAAAAUAUUUAACGAGCACGAGGACAGAGGAGCUUAUCAGAGGAUUUUACUUUCUUACAAAAAAAAACGCAAAAAACAGGAUUCAAAUUUUCCGCCAUUUUAUUUUCUUCAAUUUGUAAUUAAUUGUUCCUGACUUGAAACUUCCAUCGAUAGCAUGGAGUGCCAUUAUUAGAGAAAAAACAACCCAAUAGAGUUCCUCACUAAUUUUUUCCAGUAUUCCUAAUAGAAAAAAAAUAAAUAAAAACUGAGAGAAAUUUUGAAUCCUAUUUAAGAGAAUGUUGAAAGAAAAAUAAUUUUAAAUGAAGAAUUGUAAUUAAUUAUAAAUUAUAUUAUGAGGAAUUGAUUUCAUAUAAAAGAAGAGACAUUUUUGUACAAAUAUCCAUAUUUUCUCAUUUUUAUUAAAAGGAAAUGAGUUUAGGUUGAUACAAAUGGUCAAAGUGUUUCAUGUUUCAAAAGAUUUUUAAAAAAUUUGAAA